GGAAAAGCUGGAAUUUUAGCUGGCGAUACUCAAGUCCCGUUAAUGGCUGAUAGCUAACUGUCAACAACCCUGUGACAGCUGAGACCGAAGCCCUUUUGCGCUCCAUUGCCAACUGUAUUUGACAGGUUCACUCUUAAAGGCAACUUAGAACCAAAUGUUAUGGAUGAACCAUGAAGGCCCAAUUGCAAGUCACAGUGCUUUCAGCUAAGCUAAAGGAAAACAAAAAGAACUGGUUUGGUCCCAGUCCAUAUGUUGAGGUAGCUGUGGAUGGCCAGUCAAAGAAAACAGAAAAAUGCAACAACACUCACAGUCCCAAAUGGAAGCAAGCCCUCACUGUAAUUGUGACUCCAGUCAGCAAACUCAUCUUCCGUGUUUGGAGUUAUCACACACUGAAGGCAGAUAUUCUGUUAGGCAUGGCUACUCUGGAAAUCAACACAGUCCUCAAAGCCAAUGACCUUAAAUUGUGUGAGGUGGUGCAGACGCUGCAGCUGUCCUCUGACAGAGACCCCCAGGAUGUUGUUGGGGACCUGUCAGUCUGUCUGGAUGGCAUGCACGUUGACCCAGAAGCCUUUGCACUGACAGAGAGGGAGCUAGCACCUCUUCCAAAUGGAAAUGCAAAACAAAAUGGCAACACAAGCAACAGAUCAAGCAGGGACACGUCUCCAUCCAGUGACUCAGACGACUGGGUCAUUGUACCCAAUGGUCUUACGGUCAGCGGUAGAGGUUCUCCCUCUCCGUCUGCAGGGGGCUCCACCUCUUUACGUCCUCCUAGGCCUGCCAGACCUCCCCCUUCUAUGCCACGAAAACCUGCUGCCUCACCCAGCUCCUCCAGUAGUUCUUCCCCCAGUGAACUGAGUGAGGCACCAGCUUCUGAUGGCUCUUCUCAGGCAUCUGCAAGCGGGUGUUCAGACCAGCCAGAUGACGCGGGUGCACAAGCAACAACGGCCAUUUCCUCACAGACGGCUAGUGGUCCCAAACCAGAUGCCACUGUAACAGCCGCUCCAGCUACUACAGCUCCCAGAAUCAACCCUAUUAACAAUGGCCCCCUGCCACCAGGGUGGGAGCAAAGAGUGGACCAGAAUGGACGAGUGUAUUAUGUUGACCACAUUGAGAAAAGGACAACCUGGGAUAGGCCAGAGCCUCUGCCUACAGGCUGGGAGCGAAGGGUCGACCCGAUGGGCAGAGUAUACUAUGUUGACCACAUAACACGAACCACAACGUGGCAACGGCCCACUCAGGAGUCAGUGCGUAACUAUGAGGAAUGGCAGAACCAGCGCAGCCAGCUGCAGGGAGCAAUGCAGCAGUUUAACCAGAGGUUCAUUUAUGGGCUGCAGGACCAGUUGGCUGCCACAUCUAGUAAAGAGUUUGACCCAUUGGGACCUCUGCCACAUGGUUGGGAGAAGAGAACAGACACCAAUGGCAGAGUGUAUUUUGUUCAUCAUCCAACUCGGACGACACAGUGGGAAGACCCAAGGACGCAGGGACUUCUGAAUGACAAACCCCUGCCAGAAGGUUGGGAGAUGAGGUUCACUGUUGACGGGAUUCCCUACUUUGUUGACCACAACCACAGAACGACAACCUACAUUGACCCCCGCACAGGGAAAUCUUCCCUCGAGAAUGGUCCACAGAUCACUUAUGUUAGGGACUUCAAAGCCAAAGUGCAAUACUUCAGGUUCUGGUGUCAGCAAUUAUCGAUGCCUCAGCAUAUCAAGAUUACCGCCUCCAGAAAAACCUUGUUUGAGGAUUCAUUUCAGCAGAUUAUGAACUUCCACCCACAAGAUCUGAGGCGGAGACUGUGGAUAAUUUACCCUGGAGAGGAAGGCUUGGACUACGGAGGCGUAGCCAGAGAAUGGUUCUUCCUCCUCUCCCACGAAGUGCUAAAUCCCAUGUACUGUUUGUUUGAGUACGCUGGGAAGGACAACUACUGUCUUCAGAUCAACCCGGCUUCCUAUAUCAAUCCAGAUCACCUUAAAUACUUCAAGUUCAUAGGUCGCUUCAUUGCCAUGGCCUUGUUCCAUGGAAAAUUCAUCGACACGGGUUUCUCGCUGCCUUUCUACAAGCGGAUUUUGAACAAACCCCUGGCUCUUAGAGACUUGGAGUCCAUAGAUCCAGAAUUUUAUAAUUCACUCAUUUGGAUCAAGGACAAUAAUAUAGAGGAAUGCGCUCUGGAGAUGUUCUUCUCUGUUGAUAAGGAGAUCUUGGGAGAGGUCAGUACUCAUGAGCUGAAACCAGAUGGAGGAAACAUUCAAGUAACUGAGGAAAACAAGGAGGAAUACAUCAGGUUGGUGGCAGACUGGAGGCUGUCCAGAGGUGUAGAGGAGCAGACCCAAGCAUUCUUUGAGGGCUUUAAUGAAGUUCUUCCUCAGCAGUACCUUCAGUACUUCGAUGCAAAGGAGUUGGAGGUAAUGCUCUGUGGAAUGCAGGAGAUAGACCUAGUGGACUGGCAGAGAAACACAAUUUAUAGACACUAUGCUCGAAGCAGCAAGCAGAUACUUUGGUUCUGGCAGUUUGUGAAAGAGAUGGACAAUGAAAAACGAAUGAGGCUCCUGCAGUUUGUCACCGGCACCUGCCGUCUUCCUGUGGGUGGCUUUGCUGAUUUGAUGGGAAGCAAUGGUGCACAGAAGUUUUGUAUCGAAAAAGUAGGAAAAGAAAACUGGCUUCCACGAAGCCACACGUGUUUCAAUCGUCUGGACCUCCCUCCUUAUAAAAGCUAUGAGCAGCUGAAGGAGAAGCUCAUGUUCGCCAUUGAGGAGACAGAAGGAUUUGGGCAGGAAUAAUCCAACGGGAGUUCCUGAUUUUCAUCCCAACAACCUGUGGAUGGAUCGGAAGACUGUUGGCCUUCAAUGAGCCGGAUCCAUUUUAGAAAGAAGCACUUUCAGUAGUUUCUCUCUGCAGCCCAGAAAUGCUGUCACUCUGGUAGAUUCUGUCUGUCUCAAUAGCAUAUUCACUGAUAGAAAGCUGUUUCAUAAUAGGUUCAUUAUUUAACAAGUGACCUGUGAAUCGUCUACACCUUAAUGAUUUGUUCCUCCCUGAUCCACCUAAUCUCACAUUGCUGCACAAAUCCCCACAGUAAGGCGAGGAUUCAAAGAAAAAUAGACGCCUUUCUCAUUCUGGCAUGCCUGCACUUGCUGUGUGUUGAGUAGGCGCAGUUUCUACACCUGGAACACUGAUUCUGCGCAGUAGUCCUUUCUUUAGAGCCACUUUGUGGGGCCUAUGCACCAGUAUAAUGUAUGAGGAAAGAAACUUGUCUGUGUAUUUUGAUUCAAAAUAUUAAGAUUAAUUACCUGAAAGAUAAAACACAGUCCUUUGUGAUUUGAGGUCAUUGACAUUUUGUUUUCUUUCUUUUGAUGUAAAGGAGGAUUAAUGAAUAUUUUUCUAAUAGGUGACUGACAUGAAUUCUGUAGCACAUAUACAGUUUUUUAUUAACUUUUGCUAAAUGUGAUGACUUUAAUUGCAAUAAUACUUUCUCUUGUUUUGACAGGUUAUUUUCUUAACUUUUGAAUGAGUUAAUAUGUUCAACUAGUUUGCACAUGGUUUUGUGAGCGGUGAGAUUAUGACUGCUAUUAGAGGAAGCUAUUUUUAAGUGCAAUAGAUUUGUAGAGAACAUCAUUUUGCCAAUAUUAGAAUCAAACAUGGCUUUGAUUUGUUUUCCUAAGAUUUAGCUUUUACCUUCGAGUUAAAUCCCAGUACAAUAUAAAGAACAGUUGCAUACUUUGAAUUUUGUAUGAUUGCUGUGGUUUGCCUUCCUGUAAUAGAUGCUACCGUAAUAUCUGUAUUCUAGACCAUAAUUGUUUCCUUAAUGUUUAAGUAAGGGAGGAGAGGGUUCUGUUAACAAAGCUGUUACUGAUGAUCUAUUCCCACUGAAUGAUAGUCGGUUCUCAGCUUGUUAUCAAGAGCCCAAAUCACUUGUUCGACGCAGGAGUGUGUCAGUUGGGUUCUGCUAAGCUUUGCGGGUGGACUGAAGUUAAGGUGUAAAAUCCUAAAGGUCUCAUCUAUUAAGUGACAGUUGCAGCUUAUGUAGAGUUAAAAACAGAUUCUUUACAAAAAGACAUCUAUGCUUUCUUUUCUCCUCAUCGUCUGACAUUAAAUCAGCCUGAACUUCUGCUUUAGAACAGUUGGAAUUACUGAAAUUAUUUCUAUUUGCUAAAUGCCAGAAUAAGGAGAUUUUUAGAUAACUAUAAACUUUCUUCAAAUUCAGACGUUUACAUACAUUCAUCUUCUAAAUGGAUGGAUGGAUGGACUUGGAUCAAAUGUUUGGGGUAUCUUUCAACAAAUAGUUUGCUGGAAUUUUGGUCCAUUCCUCCAGACCAACCUAGUUUAACUGAGUCAGUUAUGCAAUCUGCCUUGAUCGCACACACCAAUUCUUUUUUUAUGCGAUUAGAUAAGAGUUUUGUAAUAGCCAUUCCAAGACUUUGACUCACUUACCUCUUUUGUAACUAAUUUGGCAGUAUACCUAGGGUCAUUGUCCUUUUUUAAGACCAAAGCUUUGACUUUCUCUGUACCUUGAAAUGUUUUUUCAAUAUAUUUAAAUAUUGUUCUUUCGUCAAAAUGCCAUCUAUUUUAUGUGGUGCAUCACCCCUCCUGCAUAACAAUUCCCACACAACAUGAUGUUGCCACCCCUGUACCUUACAGUUGGGAUGUUGUUCCUUGGCCUGCAAGCUUCCCCCUGUAGGGAUUGUCGUUAUGGCCAAAAAUCAAAAUUUUAGUUUGAUCACACCACAGGAUUUACAAAAAUUGAGGUGUUUGGCCCUGAGUGCAUUUUCUAACUGUAAUCUGUUUUUUAUGUUACUUUUGGUGUUUCAGCCAAUGUUGGUACAGGACAUUUUUCAGUAUAUAUAAUCACACUUUCUUACUAGCUUCAGCAAGCACCUUAACAACAUGUUAAGAUGCUUUGUUGUGGGGGUUGAUGCUCACAUUUCACGCUGAAACAAGUUCAUAUCUGGACCACCACUGGACAUACCCAUGCUGUUAAUAUUUGCACCUUCAAGCAUCUGGAAAUGGUCAGAUGAACCAAACUUGCGGAGGUCCACAGUUGUCUUCCUGGUUUCUUGGCUGGUUUCUUUAGAUUUCGCAUGAUCUCACACCAGGAAGCAGUUCGAUUGAGGUUUGCCUUAGAAUACAUCCACAGGUUCUGCCUCCAAUUACAUCAGAUAUUGUGAACUAAUGUAUCAGAAGCUUACAAAGUUAUGACAUAUUCAUCAUCUGAGCUUUUCCAAAUGGUGCAUGGUAAUUAAGAUUUAACAAUUUGAAUCAAUUUAAUCUUGGUGUAUAUGAAGUUCUGAAUUUGAAGACUCGCAAAUUUCUUUAGAAAAAAUAUCUACUUGCAUUUAGCAAAUAAAAAAAAUUAUUUGGUAAUCCUAACCUAAUCUUUAUCCUAAAACAGGAGGAUAUUUGUCUGAUUUAAUCAGAAGGGUACAUGUAUUUUUAUACAAUGUAUGUAAAUAUCUGGUUUCUAUUAUAAAUACACUGAGGAAGUAUAAAGAAACUCAUCGAUCAAUACCCCAGGAUUGUCCGAGUCAGACAUAAGACUUAGUUUCAGAGAACCCUAGUUUUAUAGGGUGAGUUGCUCAGACUUGUACAUUGUUUUCAAGGAUUACAGUAGAGCCAGGCAAUAUAGAAACUAAUUAGUAAAAUUUUGAACUUUUUAAUGUCAAUGAUAUCUAUAAUGACCAGACCAUCUACAGCAUCCUCCCUGAUUUAUCGUCACCGCUGGUAAAGAUGUGUCAAAAAAACCUUAAAUCAAUCUCUUAUUGCAGUAGCAUAAUCUGAAUCCACUAAAUCCAGCCCUUAAUUUGAGUGGAUUUAGUAUGUGUGUUGGAACAAAAUGCUCCAAUAAGAAAUAAUUUUAAUAAGAUCUUCAGUAACACAGAGGGUGUCAGCCCUAACAGUUACAGUGAGAUAGAUGCAAGUGAAGCAUUUUUGGAAUGUCUGCUUUCUCAAGUUGAUCAAAGUUUUUAGGGAAUGUGAUUUAAUAAUCCAUGACUUCCUGUUUGCCUGGAGCAUCACUAUGUUGUGACACGAAAGUCCACGUCUCUAUCUUCAAAAGUGGGAAAAGUAGAUGUGUGCUGCUCUACAAUAAAAUGGCUAUUAACCUCGAAGAGUAAGAAAGAAAAUCUCUAUUAAGCAACAGAUUUCCAGUGUGAGGUUAUUCAACUGCAAUGAAAGAUUCAUUUAUUUUAAGGCUUUGCAAGGGGCUGUAAAUCUAAAUUGUCGAAUUUCAACUUUCAGCGUUUACUUUCCCAAAUUAAAAAAAAGUAAAAGAAAUGUUUGUUUCAUUGAGGCAUCAAAAUACAAAGCUGAUUUUGCCAGGAGGCUAUCAUUUAAAAAGUUUUUAAUCACAGUGACUGGAUUAUUUUCAAAUGUUUCUAACAAUUUGCAGUUAUAAGAUUGUGGCACACAGGCUUUACUGUUUAGGGAAGAUGAGCAUUAAGCAGUUUCACACACACUUUCAGACUGGUCUAUUUUUUUUUAAUUUUUAUGUAGUAAUGUCAUUAUUAGCAAUGCUCCAAUCUUUAAAUUGUGAUUGUGCUGCAAAUUGAGGACUAAAAUUUAAAAAAACAUAUAUGUAUGUCUGCUGAUUCCCUUUUAGGUGACCACUCAUAUUAAAAAUAGACAAAAUUCUUGAA